AUGAGCCCCAUGUCGAGGCCCGCUUUGUGUCGGCAUCAAUCGAUGCAAAAGUACAUGCUGCUCUCCGCGCAGAAAGAAGCUCUCCAACGCCGUAUGGCCAUGGAGAUUCCCUUCAACGCACCUAUGACUCCCAGCUCACCCGAAUUUCAAUCUCUUUCGUCAUCUCCUACGUCCUCGAAGUACUCCUCGCCGUUUCCAACAGCGAGUGACCCAAUCCCUAUCAACCCCAGGACAAACGCGACCCCACGUACCAGUGUCGACGACAUACACACGGAAGAGUCUCAAAAGCUUGCUGAGAUCAACCAGCAGAUUGUGGCCACUCUUACUGAGCUCCUCAAUACCGACUGUAUCCGCAACGAUGAAAAGCAGCGCGCCUGGAUCCAGGAGCGUCUCAUGGAAGCAGAACACCAAAUACGCCGUGAGCGUCGCCGCCAUUCGUCAAAUGUAGGCGGCGACUUUGCGUCUGCUAUCGCCCAGCAUCUUGAGCUUGGUCUCAAUACAUCCAAGACCUGGGCGUGA